UAAAGGGACUAAGCCGAAAAGAAAUUGAAUAACAAUAAUAAUUUGUUGAAAUAGUUUUUGGUGUAAAGCGAACGAUUUUCAUUUCCCCCAAUCUUUUUUUCACUACUUUAAUUAAUUAUUUAAACUAAAUUGAUUUUGCGAACGCUUAUUUUCAAGGAUAAAAGUAGCAUUUCUGCCAAACUUAGUCAAUUUUCACUGUAUAGAGUUUAAAAACAAAAAUGCCAGCAGUAUAGUUUAAUAAUGUAAAUUAUUUAGUGAAAUAUGUUUAAGUUCUUUACCAAAUCACAACCAAUAAGAGCUUGUCAAUUUUUAAUGGGUUUUUAACACCUGUCGGUAGCUCCGUAACAUAUGUGAACGCUUUCAAUGUGAAUUUUGUAUAUUUAAAAAUAUAUUAAGUUGUAAGUUAAAUAAUGAUUAUCAAAAUAGGCGAUUUGCAAUGAUAAAGACCCCCUGCCUGUUGAGUUGUGUGUAAGAAGCCCCCGAGGAGGAGCGCGUAAAGGGUUAGUUAGGUGUCGGGGACCUGACACUGAGUGGGUGGGCUGAGCAGCCGCUCUCGCUUCUAUGGCAACCCGAUAGAUCAGCAUCAGCAUGAAUAUUCACGGAUCAGAGCGACUCGGGACGGCGGACGGCGGUGAUGUCAGCGGUGCCCGGCUGAUGUGGGCUCCUGGAUCGCGGGUGUUUGCUUGUGAUUGACAGCCAACGGGGAUCCUGAGGGUCCGUGACCUCCGCGCGCGCGUCACACGUGAAUCCGCGAGACUCGCAGUCAGUGCCUUGAAGCUGGAGGCGAAUUUGGGCAGCCAGGUAGCCUAUAAUGCGCUGUGGCAUGUGCAGGUGGGUUUGACCCUUCAGACUGUGGUGCACGGUGGCAGUAAUUACACCCAAACUGGAUUCGUUUGUCAUUGAGUUGAUCGCGCACCCGCUUCAAUGUCAUAAUGGACAGGUUGCAUUCGUCCAUGCGUAAAAGGCUCUACAGUUUGCCACAGCACAUCGGGCAGAAAGCGUCCAUCAUGGGUGAUGCUGAAGACUCAGACAAGGACACCCGGAGGAAAAGCAUCCGGAUGAAGCCUUUACCGACCAGCGGGGAGAUUAAAAGCGGAGAAUCCGCGAUCAUGGAGACGGACAUCGGGAGACCCGUGAAGACCAGCUCCAACGGGGACUGCCGGAGGUUCCGCGGCAGCCUUUCGUCCAUCACCAGUCGGCACGUCCACGACUCGGAUGUAGCCGAGGAAAGGCGUCUGAUCACGGACGGAGAGGUCACUCCUAGCGAGGAGAGCCCUCCUGGAGCCGCGGGUGGCGGCGCGGAGCCCGGUGCGCAGAGCGGCGGGGGAGGCGGAGAGGAAGCCGCCGGUUCGAGCCAGCAUCAGGGCAUCCCGGAUCAGCAGGCUGGCUUUAUUAAGCUGGAAGGCAUCGAGCAGAUACUGCCGGACGACGAGAGGUAUUAUCAAGCGGGCUUCAUGCACAGGCAGUUCGGGGCGAUGCUGCAGCCGGGGGUCAACAAGUUUUCCCUGAGGAUGUUUGGGAGCGAGAAGGCGGUGGAGCGGGAGCAGGAACGGGUCAAAUCCGCCGGCUUCUGGAUUAUUCACCCCUACAGCGAUUUCAGGUUUUACUGGGAUCUGACUAUGCUGCUCCUGAUGGUGGGCAAUCUAAUCAUCAUCCCGGUCGGCAUCACCUUCUUUAAAGAUGAGCACACGCCGCCGUGGAUCGUCUUUAACGUGGUCUCCGACACUUUCUUCCUGAUGGAUCUGGUGCUGAACUUCCGCACGGGGAUCGUAAAGGAGGACAACGCAGAAAUCAUCCUGGACCCUCAGCAGAUCAAGAUCAAGUAUCUGCGCUCGUGGUUCGUGGUGGACUUCAUCUCCUCCAUUCCCGUGGACUAUAUCUUCCUCAUAGUGGAGACGCGCAUCGAUUCGGAUUUCUACAAGACGGCGCGAGCUCUGCGGAUCGUCAGAUUCACUAAAAUCCUCAGUCUGCUGCGGCUGCUGCGGCUCUCGCGCCUCAUACGAUACAUCCACCAGUGGGAGGAGAUUUUUCAUAUGACCUAUGACCUGGCCAGUGCAAUGGUGCGAAUCGUCAACUUGAUAGGGAUGAUGCUGCUGCUCUGCCACUGGGACGGAUGUCUGCAGUUUCUGGUGCCCAUGCUGCAAGACUUCCCUGCUGACUGCUGGGUGGCCAAAAACAAGAUGGUGAACGACACGUGGGGUCAGCAGUAUUCCUACGCUCUCUUCAAGGCCAUGAGCCACAUGCUGUGUAUAGGAUAUGGCAUGUAUCCUCCCGUGGGCAUGACAGACGUGUGGUUGACCAUCCUCAGCAUGAUCGUGGGUGCCACGUGUUACGCCAUGUUUGUUGGGCACGCCACAGCGCUGAUCCAGUCCCUGGACUCCUCGCGCAGGCAGUAUCAGGAGAAGUAUAAGCAGGUGGAGCAGUACAUGUCCUUCCAUAAGCUGCCAGCAGACAUGAGACAGCGGAUCCACGAUUACUACGAGCACAGAUACCAGGGCAAGAUGUUUGAUGAAGAGAGCAUUCUGGGAGAACUCAAUGAGCCACUGAGAGAGGAGAUCAUAAACUUCAACUGUCGGAAGCUGGUAGCGUCGAUGCCACUGUUCGCCAAUGCAGAUCCUAAUUUUGUGACAUCGAUGCUCACUAAACUUCGCUUCGAGGUCUUCCAGCCGGGCGACUACAUCAUACGAGAAGGAACCAUCGGGAAGAAGAUGUACUUCAUCCAGCACGGUGUGGUGAGCGUCCUUACCAAAGGAAACAAGGAGACCAAGCUGUCGGACGGAUCCUACUUUGGAGAGAUCUGUCUGCUGACGCGGGGUAGACGCACAGCCAGUGUCAGGGCCGACACAUACUGCCGUCUGUACUCUCUGUCAGUGGACAACUUCAACGAGGUGCUGGAGGAGUAUCCCAUGAUGAGGAGAGCGUUUGAGACUGUUGCCCUCGACCGGCUCGACCGCAUCGGAAAGAAGAACUCAAUUCUCCAGCACAAAGUCCAGCACGACUUGAAUUCAGGAGUGCUGAACUACCAGGAAAGUGAGAUCAUCCAGCAGAUCGUGCAGCAUGAUCGGGACAUGGCCCACUGUGCAAACCUGCUGCAGAGUCCGUCUCCGCCUGCCCCUCCGUCCCCGACUCCGGUCAUCUGGGCUCCACUGAUCCAGGCUCCUCUACAAGCCGCUGCAGCCACCACAUCGGUCGCUAUUGCACUAACACACCACCCACAUCUACCCGCCACGCUCUUCCGACCUCCCGUUUCCCUGCUCGGAUCCAGAAACGAGCCUCCCAGCAGACUCAAGAGAUUUCAGACGGUUGCACCAAGAACAGGAUCAACCACUGACUCUCCAUCCACCUCCCCAUCAAAGCUUCAUUCAGGAGUGGAUACUCCUCUUCUAGCAUCCCUUCAUACUCAACACUCAUCAGUCACCAUCACUCCCAGUGCUACCACCAAUCAACCAGUGUCAUUCAGAAGCUUCAGUUCUCCAUCAGCAUCUCCGACGUUAAGCACGGCGCAGCUUCAUCCACAACCGAGACAAAAACAGCCGAGCACGCCCCCUCUAUCAGCACGCCUGCAAGCAGCAGGAGCACAUCCGCCCGGCAUCCUCACUACAGCCUCAUCAAACACUAGUGCACUUUCAGCAGGACUAUCCACUCAUUCCCCUACUCACAGUUAUCCUCCACCAAAACACCCUCAAACGGGCUCCCUACAGUUCGCAUCCGGAGGAGGGAAGAGUGGGUUAACCCUGUUUCACAGUCCGCCACCCGGAUCUCCAAUCUCCAUCCAUUCCCAAGCCCCCGAGAGCUCCACGUCAUCCCAGACGCAGCCCUCUUUUUCCAGUUACCUUGCUUUGGAAAGGUCAGCGCUGGCCUCGAUCGCUCAGUACGGCUCAGCGAACGCCUCGCCGAGCUACACGCCUUUAGCCCUCAGCCCGACUGUUCAGAGUCCUGUCACAGGGAGAACUUUCCAGUACAGUGACCCAUCCAGCGCCGCUGGCUCCCACACGUCCCUGCUCCUCCCGCAGUCCUCCUGUCCAGGCCAGCUCCCGGGUCACCACUCCUCCGGGACGGACUCUCCUCUGGGCCGCUUUUAUGAGGAUUUAAACAUACUGUCCAGCUCGCACCCGUCUCUCGGCGUUGAGGGAGCGGGUCAGUCUUCCCCUGGUUAUUUAUCACCGUAUUUAUCACCGACACUAACGCCCAAACCCUGUAGCUCGGUUUCAGGGCACAUGUCGAGCCCCGUACAGACUUCUCCAGGCCCUCGAGGUCAGGCUCUUUCAGUAGGGACGUCCCCCGCACUUUCUCUCCCGCGCACCUCAGAUGGAGAUCUAGAACCGCUGAGAUCCAAACUCCCCUCCAAUUUGUGAGGCAAAUUCACACCCUCCUAACGCACCAACAGCGAUCUUCCUCCGUGUGACCUUUUCUUUGGUUUUCUCUGUAUGGGCACUGUGUUUUAAUCGUUUAAAUAUCUAAAUAUUACUGUGAUUUUUUAAGAAGGUAAGAACUAACCAGUUAUCUUAGAGCUCUAGAUUUCUCUCUUCGGUUUUUGCUUUGUUAUUCUCCAUGAAUAUAUAUAUAUAUAUAUAUCUAUAUGGAAUUAUAUAUUUAAAUAUAUGUUAAUCAGUCUAUAGGAGGGUGUGAGAUGCUACGUAUAUAGAGACCUAAAGGACGUUUCUUUAUUUUUUAUCAAUGCCAAAUUGAUUGGUAAGGGGUUAUUAAUAUCGACACGGACAGAAAGACUCUUUUGCAGGACCCUAUGCACACAUGCCUGCAUAUGAAACUACUUUCUGCCGGAUCCAAAACGCUUUUUAGUCGGCCCUAAUGAGGAUCGCAUAUUGCUGAUCUGUAAUCUAAGGGUUGUAUUUAAGGAAUUGAACCUGUUUGUUCAUCCUAUAAACAUUUGGGAUCUUCCGAGGUGGAGAGGAGAACGUAGGAAAACCAAAAAAAUCCACGUUCCCUUUAGGGUUCCUUUGCUUUUGUUCUUCAGCCACACUGUAGUAAUAUCAGCGGGCAUUGAGUGGACGUUACAGGAGAGCGUUUGAGAAACGUCCCAACUAAAUCACAAUUCACUUGUGUCUUCCAGGAUCAUACAGUAGUGUAGCCCUGCAGAGUGUGUGUGUGUGUGUGUGCGUGUGAGUUUUCGGUGGUUUAUGGAGACGCAGAUUUUAUAAUGAAUAUGACCAGGGUGUCACGGUGGCGCAGUGGGUAGCACGCACGAUCACCUCACAGCAAGAAGGUCACUGGUUCAAGCCUCA